GGGGGCGGGGGGUUAGGGGGGGCUGUUGAACGCAUAGCCCCGCUGACAUCGUGUCUGUGUGGAUCCGUGCAACUCGCGCUCUCCCGGUUGUGUAAUAUCUUCUUCACUUCUGCUUCCUCCUGCACGCGGCCGAAACCUGCAUCGGCGAAGGGAGACAGAGGAAGAGGAGGAGGAGGAGGAGGAGGAGGGGACAGAAGAAGAAGAAAAAAACCAGGGGGGAUUGCGACUUUCAUCGGUAUUUAUUUUUCCUCCUGUUACAUGGAGCGAAGGGCUGCGCGGACGGGCCGGUCCUGGGUGUGAUUCGGAUAUUCCAGCAGCAGCAGCAGGAGCGGCGUCCUCCCCCCCCCCCCCCCCACGCACCGGCUCGCCGUCCUCCUCCCGCCGGCUCUAUGUCGAGUGAUGGUCGGCUCGCCCUGCUGGAUGCUCCGCGCUGUCUCCGGAUCGUCGACGACCGAACCUCCUCCGACCGCAGACCCCCAUUUUCGGCGGAAAGCUUCGCAGAGCGAUAGGGCUCCAUAUGGAAACUGGGGAUCGGAAUUUUAGGAAGAAGGAAAAUCUACGCCGUUCAUUUAUUUUCAUUUUUUUCUCAUUUUUCCUCUAUUUUUUUUAAAGGUUGCUAUGUGUUUUUUUGUGUAUGUGCGUUUUUAAAGCCUGCUAAUUAAUCAAUGCAUGUGUUAAACCUUGGUUUCUUGCUUCUAAGCAAACGAUAGGUCGAGAAUUUGGCUUUUUUUCCCACUCGACGGGACUCGAAACCGUCCGUUUCUUUAUUCUCUUUUGUUUUGCACUAAUAUGUUAGAUUUCCCUGCUGUCCUUCGUUUCCUUCCCCACUUUAUUAUCUUUUUCCCCCUUUUGACUUACAAAACACAUUAGAAUAAAACUAUUUUUUAAACAAUCUACAGCUGCGGGCUUAGUUAUAAUCCUUAAUUCCAACUGUUAUAGCCUCAGACUAAAGUAACUGUAACUCACUGUAACAGACAUAUUGAACCGUUGUACUGUAAGCCUGCCAUUACUCCAACACCCCCCCCCCCCCCCUGCAACCAUCUCUGUGCUCCAUUUGAGCUCAUGUUAAUUCUGCCCUGUGCUCAGCUGUAACCUUUGGAGGCAGGAAACAGGCCUUUUCUGCUCUUCUUUCGGAGGCCUGUCGAGAAUAAACCUCACUUUGGGUUAAUUUCACUUCCAUUUCUAGGCUUCAGGACGUUAAUUAGUCCGUUAUUACCCACACGUCUGCAGCUGGGGGCCCGUUGUCAUCUUCUGCGUACCCGAUUCCUCAUUUUUUUGGGGGGGUGUAUAAGACUCAGAAAGAACAGAGAGGGGAGACAUCACUGCCUCUUCCCCCCCCCCCCAAAAAAACCCCCCUCUGUCCUCAUAUUUUCUCUUGUCGUGGUCCUCACCCAAACGCAACCAUAAGGUUCCUACCGCAUCCUCCUGGUCCGCCGUCCCUCUCCUUCGGCUCGAGUAUAUCCCGUUUUUUCGGUUUGGUUUGGUCCCGCAAAUUUUCAAAUAUUUACUUCCUGUACAUCAAGAGGAAAGGGGGUCCCCCUUUCAUGGAAUGCGGAAACAUGGGUCUGUUCGACCGCGGAGUCCAGAUGCUGCUGACCACGGUGGGAGCCUUCGCGGCCUUCAGCCUCAUGACCAUCGCGGUCGGCACGGACUACUGGCUGUACUCCCGCGGCGUCUGCAGGAGCAAGUCCAUGAGCGAGAACGAGACCAGCAAGAAGAACGAGGAGGUGAUGACCCACUCGGGCCUCUGGAGGACGUGCUGCCUAGAAGGAAACUUCAAAGGGAUGUGUAAACAGAUAGACCACUUUCCAGAGGAAACGGACUACCAGGCGGACCCAUCCGAGUACUUCUUACGUGCGGUGCGAGCCUCCAGCAUCUUCCCCAUCCUCAGCGUCAUCCUGCUCUUCAUGGGGGGCCUGUGCAUCGCCGCCAGCGAGUUCUACAAGUCGCGCCACAACAUCAUCCUCAGCGCCGGGAUCUUCUUCGUGUCCGCAGGCCUGAGCAACAUCAUCGGGAUCAUCGUGUACAUAUCAGCCAACUCGGGGGACCCUUCCAAGAGCGACUCCAAGAAGAACAGCUACUCCUACGGCUGGUCCUUCUACUUCGGGGCCCUGUCCUUCAUCAUGGCUGAGAUGGUGGGCGUCUUGGCCGUGCACAUGUUCAUCGACCGGCACCGGCAGCUCCGGAUAGGGGCGCGCGCCGCCGACUACCUCCAAGGCUCCGCCAUAACGCGAAUCCCCAGCUACCGCUACCGCUACCGGCGCCGCUCGCGCUCCUCCUCCCGCUCCACGGACCCGUCCCACUCGCGCGACACCUCGCCGGUGGGCCUCAAGGGCUUCAGCGCGCUGCCGUCCACGGAGAUCUCCAUGUACACGCUGCCCCGGGACACCCUCAAGUCCUCCGGCACGCCCACGGCCACCUACAACUCGGAGAGGGACCACAACUUCCUGCAGGUCCACAACUGCAUCCAGAAGGACCAGAAAGACUCGAGCCAGACCAACACAGCCAACCGCCGCACCACGCCGGUAUGAGGGAGGAGAGACCGGGAGACACGCGCGGGGGGGGGGGCGGACUUCCAUGUUUAUAGACAUUUGUUCUUUUUGUUGGAGCUGCAUGACUUUUCCAUUGGCGUCGUGGAGGAGCAG